GACAUGCUAGGAACGUUAUUACCCUAAACGGAAGCUUCUACAGCCUCCAUCCCCUGCUGCUGCUCAUUUGAAUCAAAAAUCGAGAUGACGGAAGUGGCGAGCUCAGUGGUGCACGAAGUUCUAGGUCGACGGCUGCUGGAAGUUGACCAGCCAAUUGUGGAUUACAUUGUUAAUGUUCUCGCCGACGAAGAUUUUGAUUUCGGCGAUCAAGGCGAAGGUGCUUUCGAUGCUUUGGGCGAGCUUCUUGUUGAUUCGGGAUGCGUUUAUGAUCACAUCGAAUGCCGUUCUGUUUGCACUAAACUUUGCGACAAAUUCCAAAGGCAUGGAUUGGUUAAAGCUGCCCCUGCAGUGAGAAGCCUUGCUGCGCCAAUGAGAAUGUAUGAUGGGAUGGAUGAGGAGCAGGCACCAAAGAAGAAGCCUGAGGUGUUAGAUGGUCCUCUACUAUCAGAGCGUGACAAAUUAAAGCUCGAAAGGAGGAAGAGAAAAGACGAACGACAAAGAGAGAUGCAAUACCAAAUUCAUUUAGCUGAAAUGGAAGCAGCCAAAGCUGGAAUGCCUGUUGUAUCCGUCAAUCACGACAAUACUGUUGAGGGACCAGUUGUCAGGGAUAUCCGUAUGGAAAACUUUAAUGUAUCUGUUGGUGGUCGUGAUCUCAUAGUUGACGGCACUGUCACACUCUCAUUUGGGCGACAUUAUGGUCUUGUUGGAAGAAAUGGUACAGGAAAAACAACAUUCCUCAGGUACAUGGCUAUGCAUGCCAUUGAUGGUAUUCCAAAGAACUGUCAAAUAUUACAUGUAGAGCAAGAAGUUGUUGGUGAUGAUACAUCAGCUUUGCAAUGUGUCCUUAAUGCUGAUGUUGAGAGGACCCAACUUCUAGAAGAAGAAGCUAAUUUACUCACAUUACAGAGAGAACUGGAGCUAAAUGGACCUACGGGAAGUAACAAAGGGGACUCCAAUGUGGAAAUAGAGAACAAUAACAUUGCACAAAAGCUUGAACGGAUAUACAAGAGGCUUGAGUUUAUUGAUGCGUAUUCUGCUGAGUCACGGGCAGCUUCCAUUCUUGCGGGUCUUAGUUUCACUUCAGAUAUGCAGAAGAGGGCCACCCGAACUUUUUCUGGAGGAUGGAGAAUGCGAAUAGCUCUUGCUCGUGCUCUGUUUAUUGAGCCUGAUCUCUUAUUACUUGAUGAACCUACGAAUCAUCUUGAUCUUCACGCAGUUUUGUGGCUGGAGACGUACCUUGUGAAAUGGCCAAAAACUUUUAUUGUCGUUUCUCAUGCGAGAGAAUUCCUAAAUACGGUGGUCACAGAUAUCCUCUAUCUGCAAGGGCAGAAAAUGACUGCCUAUAAAGGAGAUUAUGAUACAUUUGAGAGGACUAGAGCAGAGCAUAUGAAGAAUCAACAGAAAGCAUUUGAGUCAAAUGAACGUUCUAGGGAACAUAUGCAGGCAUUUAUUGACAAGUUCCGCUAUAAUGCAAAGCGUGCAUCUCUGGUUCAGUCAAGAAUUAAGGCUCUGGAUCGCUUAGGUCAUGUGGAUGAAGUUGUUAAUGACCCUGACUACAAGUUUGAAUUUCCUACUCCUGAUGAUAGACCAGGAGCACCUAUAAUAAGUUUCAGUGAUGCUUCCUUUGGUUAUCCCGGGGGUCCGAUACUUUUUAAGAAUUUGAAUUUCGGAAUAGAUCUUGAUAGUCGUGUAGCAAUGGUAGGUCCAAAUGGGAUCGGUAAGUCAACCAUACUUAAGCUUAUCUCAGGGGAUCUUCAACCAAGCUCUGGGACAGUUUUUCGAUCAGCCAAGGUUCGCAUUGCUGUAUUUAGUCAACAUCAUGUUGAUGGGCUUGAUUUGUCCUCAAAUCCCCUUCUUUAUCUGAUGCGUAGCUUCCCGGGAGUACCUGAACAAAAGCUUCGAGGUCAUUUGGGUUCCUUUGGAGUAACUGGAAAUCUUGCCCUUCAGCCUAUGUAUACCUUAUCAGGUGGUCAGAAGAGCAGGGUUGCAUUUGCUAAGAUAACCUUCAAAAAACCUCAUAUUAUAUUGCUUGAUGAACCGUCAAAUCAUCUUGAUUUGGAUGCCGUUGAAGCAUUGAUCCAGGGUCUUGUUCUGUUCCAAGGGGGAGUUCUGAUGGUAAGUCACGAUGAACAUCUGAUUUCUGGAAGCGUUGAUCAGCUGUGGGCUGUAUCUGAAGGAAGGGUGACCCCUUUUGACGGGACAUUCCAGGAUUAUAAGAAAUUGCUCCAGUCUUAGGAGAUGAAUUGCUUGUCCAAUCAUCUUGUGCUUUAUGCUAAACCUGUGGAGCUUUUUGUAUUAAUAACAGAACUGAUACAUACAUGAACGGCUGUAGUAGACAAAUUUUGUUUUUGUUUAGUGACGGAGACAAAUUUUGCAGCAACUUUCUGCUUUAAGAAUUAUUAUUCAUUUGGGAAAAGGAGUCUUAUAAAACUGUGUACAAAUUUUGAGUC